CGCGGCCCCGCGGCCGCCUCUGCGCAGCGCCCGAGCGGGAGCGGCUGCGCUCAGCCGCCGCGGCAGGGCGGUCACUGCUCGGGGACCAGCAAAUCUGUCUGGCAGUCAAAGGCAAAUGUGGUUACAUCUAAAACCUGUCGAGUGGCUCAGGAUUCGUGAAAAUCUCUGUGCAGGAUCAUUGCGGGUAGCACAGGGGUAACAGCAGUGUGGGAAAAAAAGCAGCAAGAGUCAUUACAUUUGAAACAAGAACUCUGAAUGACUUUUUGUGUCACCUACAUUCUGCCUAAACUACAUCAGCAGGCGAAUAGAAGGAAACUCCCAAAUGGCACAAAGCUUCCACCUCCUGCACCAUAUGCCAGCCCUGGGAUCUCCAACCAGAAUAUGAGGAGUGAGGCAGGGCUCCAGUGCUCCCACUGCCUCCUUUCUGUCCCCAGAUGAGUUUUCUUCACCUGCAGUAUUUCAUAAGAGCAAGUGUCUAGCUGAAUAGCAACUAGAGUAAAAAAAGGCUGCAUGUGAAAAUGUAUUGUUCCCUAAGAUGACAAUGCAGUGAGUGCUUUUAUCCCAAUAGUGUGAUUUUAUUAGUCAGAUAUCCCUGAAUAUCUCAGGAGCGCAGCAAUCUACCAAUCCUGCCCUGCUUCCCAGAAAUAUUUCCCCUUCUUCCCUGACAAUGUUGCUCUGCCACUGACUUCCAGGAGCCUUAGACAGAAGAUCAGAAAUUACUUUCCAGAUCAUAACUGGGGAGUGAAGCUAUUAAGAGAGAAGCAAGUCCACUAGAAGUUCAGUAAGGGCCCUGAUUUCUGAGCCUGUGUUUACCUUCUCUUCAUUUUACCACAUCCAUUUUCUAAUAAAAUGGAGUACCUGGGUGUUACGGUGGCAGAGAGACACACUUGGUUUCUUCUACCUUUCCUGACAGUAAAAGGAUAAGAAGAACACAACAACACAGAAUUGUGGCUAAAACAGAUAUCCAGAGCUGGAAUGCCUUUCUCCCAGCAGGGCUAAAGCUCAGCACAGCAGUGCAGUGGUGAGAACGUAGCCUGGUUUGGCUUUUGAGCACUGCAGAGGGCUGUAAGGACACCUAAGCUGCAGGUAAUCUUGUGAAGUAGGAAACAGCUGAUUUUAAGGUAAGCAAGAAUGAUUUAAAGUAUGAAGAAACACCAAUUCAAGUCCAUUCUUACCUCAUUCAACCACUUGAUAAAGCAGGCAUAAUGUAGCCAAUUAUGAGUAAAUCCCACCACCUCGGAUUUGGGUAAGCUGCUCGGGGUGAUUAAGAAAAAGUGUUUAAGUGCAGCGGUCCUUGAAAUACUUAAAAGAUCAAAGAACAUAGUAGGUAAGAUAGAAAUGAGUACAAAUUAUUUAGAAUCUAUACUAAUAUAACUCCUACUGCAAUCUUCUCUUUGCUGCUUAGUAUGUAAAAUCCUCUCUUAGAAAAGAAUGUGCCAGUUCUUGUGGUGGCUCUGCAGACACUGAGUGCACUGCAUGUCUGCGCAUGGAUUUUGGAGACAUCCAUGAUGGGAAAAUACUGCAUCCCUCACACAGUCUCUGGUUACCAAGGCAAAGGCAGUUAUAAAUAGAAACAAUCUGAUUUUUUUUAAACUCUAUCUAGAAACCUGUGUUGUUGAUAACCCUGUGACAGCAAUGCCUUAUUCUAAAUGGUUCUGUUCUGCAUUUGUGUGGAAACUUCUGGCUUAAUCCUUUCCUCCCGAAAUAAACAGCAGCUACUUCUGGUUGUCAUUCCACUGAAAUAUGAAAAUUGUCUUGGAAGUAAAGUUUGGGCAAAGAUCUGUUUUGCUAAGAGCUUUCAUCAACCAAGUGAACAAGAGCUAGCACAAAGCAUGGAGGAAAACCCAGAAAAGAAAGCAGUCUUUCUCCCUAUGUAUCAUUGUAAGGAGCCAUUCAAAUGACUAGCACUGAAAUGAUUUAACAAGUUUUACAUUUUCAUCUUCACCAGUAGAAGAAUCUUCCAGAUUCUCCACAUCAGUAAAAUAGAUGGGGUGGUGAAUCACUUGCUGUUAAAUACAAAGGGAAUAAAGCAGAGAUUAAUUUGGUUGAUGACAGCUUGCGGUUGCAGAAUCGAGACAGCCUCAGCUUGAAGUGAUUUGGACCAUCUUUGAAACUGAUGGGGUGAAUUAAAAAUGAAAAGUUUUUUUUUCUGCAGAAACUGGUGGGUUAUCAGUAGACCUUAGAACCUGAUGCUUCUGCAAGAUCCUUGCAAAAAAAGUGAAAUCUUGAAAUAAAUGUAUAAUCCAAUCUAGCAUUUCAUUUCCUUUACACACAGAAUUACAUUAAACAGUGGAAGUAAUGAUCAAAAAUAUGAAGAUGUGUCAUUUCAUAAGUGCUUGAGCUGAAACACAAGAAGUUUCUGGAACCUCUGAAAAGGGAAUUGUUCCUAUCAGUAAUAGUACAUUUAUGCCUUCAACCUUGCCUCUUGAUAAACUGCCGUAUAUAAUCACCACGUUUAUUUAAAUGUCUUGUUGCAGAAGGAUCACUUAGCUUUUAUUAGAAUUAUGUGAGUGAGCUCUCGAGGGCCUUGCAGGUCUGAAAGCAGACAUUGUUCUGAAGUUUCAGUUAAGGAACAAAAAGCAAACUGAGAAAGCUCUUCUUCACAACUAACCACUGGAUUUCCAAUUGCACUUCAUUUGCUGGAAACCUCCCCCCACUUUCAGAUGUUCACAGACCUACAGCCUUACCCACAUCUCCAGCUGCUGAACCUCCAGGCCACGAGAUGCCGGUGCUGGGUCUUGGGAGGGGAGAGUCCAUAACCAUGGAGCAAGACUGACACGUGAGCAGACAUGGGAAAGGCUGCUCCAGCAGCACUCCAGGGGCACAGGGCUGUGGUGGGGAAAUGGAACAGACAUGGAGCAGGGAAAAUGCUACAAAAACCUUCUUUUUGUGGAGUCUGAGUAUGGAUCUAGAAGGUUAACAUUAGGUGGAGAAAUUUAUGAUAUAGUCUAUAGGUGCAGUGUUUUGCAAUUUGAGAUUAUAGUGCAAGCAAUGCACUGUAUUAAUUUAAAACUAGUUAACAACUAAUUUUAAACAAUUUUAAAACAAUUAUAUGAACACACAGACAACAGCUAUAGCAUUCAUAUAGAUACAAAAGCAUUUCCCUCAGUGCAGCUGUUACCCUUUUAAAAGAAGAAAGAAUCCAAGCAUAUGAAAGAUGUGGGGGAUUUUGUGUCAUUUCUAAUGGUAUUGUCAGUGUUUCUCUUCUUGAGUCCUUAGAAAGAAAAUCCAUCAGACGAUAGAGAAGAUGGAAGAGUUGAGUCUAAACAAUUUCAGAAGUAAUCUGUCUCCCUGACCUGCAGCAACAGCUAUUUCUGCAGCUAUGUCUAAUACUUGAUAAAUCAAAGUGGUGGUUCUGCUAGCCCAAAGUACAGCUUUGCAGGCCUCCGUCUUGCCUCCAGCUCAUCUCAAAUUUUCUCAGUUACAUUUCCAGGAAAAGACAAAGCCCUGGCUCUUCUCCAAGUUAUCCAAGUAAGAUCAGAAAGCUCUCCUCCCCCAGCUGUGACACUUUCUAAGAAGGGAGAAAUUGAACAAAACACAUCCCAGAGUUGGUGUCAUCACCCUGCAGACAGGCAAGGAGGUGCAUGGCCUUGGAAAGGCAUGUGCAGUACCAAGUCAGGGUGAAGAUAACAGCAGAGUUUACUGGAUUUAAGAUUCUCGGCCCUGUGAAGCACAACCAAGUGUGUGCAACAAGCCAUUCUCCAUUUCUGGGACUGAUGGUGACUGUGAAGCUGGAUGGUUUACAGGAAAUUCUGCAAUUUCAUUUCAAGCCUUUUAGAAGACUUUCAUCUUCUUGUUGCAGUUGGUGUGGACAAGAACAUAUGCUUGGAGUUGGGAAUUUUUCAAGAGUUAUUACUCAUAAAGAAGCUGGGCAUUGUUCAGACUACACCUAUUAACAGGAUCACCUGGUUCUGCAGAAAAUACACACAACAACAGGUUUUGUCAUAUUAUCCUGAUUUAGCCUUGGAAUCUAAUCCAUCUGAUCAUCCCAGAGCAAGCACAAUUUUCCUGAGCAAGUCACAAACAGAUGUGCGAGAGAAAAGGAAGAGUAACCAUAUAAAUCAUGUUUCUCCUGGGCAGCUUACAAAAAAAUACAGUUCAUGCUCAACAAUAUUUAUAGAUGACAGCACCGUCAGCCAGCCUAACCUUAGAAGCACAAUAAAGUGUGUAACAUUAGCAAUAUUCUACCAUAUAAAGAACAGAGAUUCAGACAGAUCAUUGGAUAUUUUUGAUGAAAAAUCUCACCCUCUCACACGGGAGGAGGUCCCAGAUGACUACUACAAGCACGACCCUGACCACAAGCACAUCUACCGCUUUGUCCGGACGCUCUUCAGCGCGGCGCAGCUGACAGCAGAAUGUGCAAUAGUCACACUGGUUUAUUUGGAAAGGCUUUUAACCUAUGCAGAGAUUGAUAUAUGCCCUAGUAACUGGAAGAGGAUAGUGCUAGGAGCUAUUCUGCUGGCUUCUAAAGUCUGGGAUGAUCAAGCUGUGUGGAAUGUGGAUUAUUGCCAAAUACUGAAGGACAUUACUGUUGAGGACAUGAACGAGAUGGAAAGACACUUCUUGGAGCUACUGCAGUUUAAUAUCAAUGUUCCUGCCAGUGUUUACGCCAAAUACUACUUUGAUCUUCGCUCCCUAGCAGAUGACAAUAACCUGAGCUUUCUGCUGGAGCCUCUCAGUAAAGAGAGAGCACAGAAGCUGGAGGCAAUCUCCCGGCUGUGUGAAGACAAAUACAAAGACUUGUCCAAAGCUGCUAUGAGACGAUCUUUCAGUGCUGAUAACUUGGUUGGUAUCCGCCGUUCUAAUGCCAUCCUCUCGUGAGGAGAGAGCGAGGAGCAGCACAGGAGCAGCACGCCAGGAGCCGCAGGAAUCACCACUCCACGCACGCCAGCCAGCCCGGACGGCGGCUUCAGCAACGGGAGGCGAGAGAGAACCAGCCAAGGGAGCCCAGCGCUUGAGGAACACACUUGGUGCAAAAGACAAGCCCUUUGUCAAAUCAACUCUCUCCUCCUUCUGAUGUAUCCAGAGGUGCAAAAACAAACUUAUCUCCUUCUCUCCCCCACAGACGUUUGCUUACUAUGUAGGCCUAUAGCUGUGAACUCUUGAGGUUUUUAAUAAUAAGUAGUUUUAAAUUUUAGAAUUUAAACACUAACCACAUGACUAUAGUUACAAUGUUCUUCCCUCCUCUCCCCUGUCAUCCAGAGUCUUCGCUGCAUUUGUAUUUCAGGUCAAUGCAGUGUUAACAAAAACAACACACGGGACUCUUAAAGUAUAAAGCCGCUCUGGAGCUGAAAACAGUAGCAUAGACACGUGUUGAUGGCUUUUCCCUGGUUUGGCUACUAAAAGCUGCUAUUAUUGGUGAUGUGUUCAUACCAAGAAGCUGCCCAGCAGGAAGGAAUUCCAUCUCUGCACCCACAACUUCACUCCAGUAAAGAUUGUCAAAAGACUUUGAAUGUUUUGACUGGGGGCAGAGAUACGGUUUUAUGUAUUGUUAAAAUGUAUAGGGUCCAUGCUGCAUUUCUUGUGAAUUAUGGUGCUUCUCUUAUUUUCUAAUACUUAUAUUGCUCUGGAAGAGAUGUAAUCUGUGUAUUUUUCUGAGGCAUUGAAUGAAAAAGUUGGUCUGGAAACAUCAUCACCAUCCCAAACAGUGUAGCAAUCCAGUGGUGAAUGGCGUGUGUGCAGCACUGCUUCUCUGAGUUCUACUGCAGAUCUCUUGUGCUAUAUACAGUGAGUUCCUAAAGCUGAUAUUGUGCAUCCAUCUGGCUCUCCUUGGGUUUCAGUUUCCUGGGAGGAAGUUACAUUCAUAAUGAGACAAUAAUGAGUUUGAGAAUCCUGGACUACCUAUCAAGGUAGAUGGAAAGAUAUUGUGUUCAACUGAGAAUUAUCAAAAAGCUUUCUAUAAACCUUUUUUUUUUCCCAAAGUGAAUUUUAUCUUGUGCAACUGCUCUAGAGGCUUGGGGUUUGCUCUUUCUGAGACUUUAGAACAGAGCUUACUUUAAAGCUCUGUAACUGAACUCUAAACAGGAUAAGUAUUAUUGUAGACUCUUCCUGUUACAAGUCUUUGUAGUAUCUUCCCUUCUUGGAUCCAAAUAGGUUCUAGGCAGUGUCCUAGGAGCAGAUUUCCCUCCGAAUGACACGGGUUUUGUGCACUUCCUCUUACGGCCAAGGCCCAGAAACUUACACUGAACAACAAGUCCAUCUGCCUUUGGGAGUGGGGCUGUGUGAGUGCCAUCAUCAGUGUGGCUUCACUCAGCUGUUCAAGUGAUGCAUACAGCCUUUUGCAGUAUGCAAAUGUGCCAGCCCCUGGCUCCCAAACCCAUGGGACUUGGCACUUCAGGUAUUGAUCACAAUUCAAUACUGAAAAUAACACUACAUCUUCAGGUGGUUUUCCUUUCUCAUGUUUGUAUUAAAAGAAAAGCUAAUAAACUCUAUUUUAAUUAAA